AUGUGCAAACAAACCCUUCCAUUGAAACCUCAGAAACAUGAAGAGUUGUACGAGAGUCUCGGGGAGACAUUCAAGACGGAAGACUUCCUCAACAGGACAGUUAACUUCUUGAGUGGCGCAGUGCGCAUACCAACUCAGGCGUACGACAAGAUGGGACCGAUCGGAGAGGAUUCUCGCUGGGAAGUAUUUGCUCCUUUCCACGACUAUCUGCACGAUGUUUUCCCGCGGAUCCAUUCACUCUUGGAUCUCACCAAACUGAACACCUAUGGAUUGGUGUAUUCGUGGAAGGGCUCCGAUGAGUCUCUCAAGCCUCUACUUUUGACGGCCCAUCAAGAUGUCGUGCCCGUCAAUCCGGAUACGUAUGAUCAGUGGGAGCAUUCGCCCUUCUCAGGAUAUUUCGAUGGUAAGCUCGUAUGGGGGCGUGGUAGCAGAGAUGACAAGAGUGGGUUGAUUACCGUGAUGACGGCUAUCGAACUAUUACUUGAACGCGGUUACCAACCUACGCGAGGCGUAGUUCUCGCCUUUGGUUUUGACGAGGAAGUCAGCGGAAUACAUGGUGCUGCUUCUCUUGGGAAGUAUCUGUUGUCCACGUACGGGGAAGAUGCAUUCGCUAUGCUCGUUGAUGAAGGCGGUGGGAUAUCCGAACAAUACGGCGGAGUAUUUGCCCUGCCUUCGGUCGCGGAGAAGGGUUAUGUCGACGUGCGUGUCGAGCUUUCCGCUCCUGGAGGUCAUUCAAGCGUCCCGCCAGAGCACACGACUAUCGGCAUGCUCGCGCAACUUCUCGUUCACUACGAGGACAACCCGAUCCCUGUAGCCCUGAAGCGCGACACGCCCAUGUACUGGCAUGCAGAAUGUCUUGCGGCACAUGCACCCGACUUGCCGGAGAUCAUCCGCAAGGCAAUGAGCAAAGCAGGCAAAUCUCAGCUGGCCUUGCGCGUUGCGCAGCGCGAGCUCUUCAAGGAUCCUACGUUCAAGGCACUAGUAGGCACGACACAGGCAAUUGAUAUGAUCAACGGUGGUGUGAAAUCCAACGCGUUGCCCGAGAAUGUCAUGGCUGUGGUGAACCACCGUAUUGCGACUGAUAGCUCUGUCAGCUCGGUGAAGAACCACAGCACGGAACUUCUCAAAGAGCUUGCGGAGCACUUUAAUCUGUCAUACACUGCAUUUGAAACCAGUAUCACCGGUGACAAGCCCGGAUAUGGCACGCUCACGCUCAGCGAUGCCUGGGGAACAGCCCUCGAGCCUGCUCCUAUCACUCCGGUUGGUCAAGAUGCGGUGCCGUUCCAGCUACUUUCCGGGACGAUCAAGUCGACGCACAAUGCCCAUCGUGAACUCACCGAGGAUGGGAUCACUGUGAUUCCCAGUCUCGUGUCCGGUAAUACGGAUACGCGAUAUUAUUGGCCGUUGACACAGCACAUUUUCCGUUACUCCCACUACAAUGCUGGCAGCGGAACAGGACUGAAUGGUGUGCAUACAGUGAACGAAGCUGCUAUCGCCGUGAAUCUAGUAGAGAUGGUUAGAUUCUUCACGACUUUGAUCUUGAAUGCAGAUGAGGCAGAUGCUCUCUGA